GGAAGGCGAGGGCGAAGGAGUGGAAAUGGAUCAGGAAGAAACAGGUGAUGCUCAUGUUCCCACAGAAGGCGGCGCCGCUGCACAAGGAGAAGCCAUGCAGCUCGAGGGCGCCGUGCAGGAGCCGGAUGGAACAGUGAAGGGUGAAAAUGAAAAUGAAGAGCAGGAACAAGCAGACUUGCAGAUGAGCACAGAAAAAGACGAACAGCAGGACUUCCUCCCGAGAAGUACUAGCAAAAAAUCAAGUAAGAAGCGCAGAAGAUCCUCCACCGGUUCAUCUUCGACAGCAAAUAAGAUGUUAAAGUCGUCAAAACAGCAAAAAAAAUCCCAGUACCGCCUGGCCGUCGAUCUCGCACACAUCGACGUGAUGAAAGUUGUG